CACUCUUUCUAUUCAAACCCCAUUUGACACUCUUUACCGACAAUCCCACGCGCUUCGUCCGUGUCUUAAUUCAUUCAAACCCAUUUCCUUUGAUCCAAUGCUCAUGGUGGUUGUGGUUCUACUUCAGCAAAACAAUGCUCUGAUUCUACUUCCUUCAAUCGAAUAAAUGCCCCCUUUAUUACUCUUCUGAUUCUUCAUUUCCCCUUCAAUCUUAUCCUUUCCUUCAUUUUCAUUACCCUUCCGUUUCCCUUUUGUUCUUAACUUCAACAGAUCGCUAUUUCUUCUUUAGGGAACAAAAUUAAUCGCUCCCUCUCUCUCUGUUUGUGGGGUUCUUCUUUUUCUUCUUCCUGUUUUAUCUGGUGUGUAAUGGAGAAGAGAGGCUAUUAUUAAAAGGGAUUCUUCCUUUUUCCUUCUUUCCAUCUUUUCCCCUUGGAUUUCUUUUGAAAUUUGGUGAUUUGGGUCAGUUUGAAAACGGAUUUUAGAUGGGGUUGCUUAGUAGUAUACUGGGUUUCUUCGGUUUUGGCUUGGGAACUUCGAUUGGGCUUGUGGCUGGAUAUUACAUGUUCAUCUAUUUUCAGCCAUCAGAUGUCAAGGAUCCUGUUGUUCGCCCUUUGGUUGAGCAAGAUUCUGCCUCAUUGUUGCGGAUGAUGCCAGAAAUACCUCUAUGGGUGAAAAAUCCUGAUUACGAUCGUGUUGACUGGCUCAACAAAUUCCUUGAAAUUAUGUGGCCUUACUUGGACAAGGCCAUUUGCAAGACUGUGAGGAACAUAGCAAAGCCUAUUAUUGCAGAGCAAAUUCCAAAAUACAAAAUCGAUGCUGUUGAAUUUGACACUCUAACAUUGGGCUGCUUACCGCCAACUUUACAAGGAAUGAAAGUUUAUAUGACUGAUGAUAAAGAGCUGAUCAUGGAGCCAUGUAUGAAGUGGGCGGGAAAUCCAAAUGUUACUGUUUCAGUGAAAGCAUUUGGAUUGAAAGCGACAGUUCAGGUGGUUGAUUUGCAAGUGUUUGCUAUUCCACGUAUCACCCUAAAGCCUUUGGUCCCAAGCUUUCCUUGCUUUGCCAAAAUAUUUGUGUCUCUCAUGGAGAAGCCCCAUGUCGAUUUUGGACUGAAAUUGCUCGGUGCAGAUGCAAUGUCCAUCCCGGGGCUGUAUAGGUUUGUUCAGGAACUAAUAAAAGAUCAAGUUGCCAAUAUGUAUCUAUGGCCCAAAACCCUUGAAGUACAGAUAAUGGACCCUGCGAAUGCCAUGAAGAAGCCUGUUGGCAUCCUUCAUGUGAAGGUUUUGAGAGCACUAAAGCUUAAAAAGAAAGAUCUAUUUGGCGCAUCAGAUCCAUAUUUAAAACUGAAGCUCACUGAAGACAAGCUUCCUUCUAAGAAAACAACUGUGAAACACACUAAUUUGAACCCAGUAUGGAAUGAGGAGUUUACUUUUGUCGUGAAAGAUCCCGAAUCUCAAGCUCUGGAAAUGAUUCUUUAUGAUUGGGAGCAGGUUGGCAAGCACGAUAAGAUGGGAAUGAACGUUGUUCCGUUGAAAGAACUUACACCUGAAGAGUCCAAGGAAUUUACUCUUGACGUGUUGAAAAAUAUGGAUCCUAAUGAUACACAAAAUGAGAAGUCGAGAGGGCAGAUUGUUGUGGAAAUGUUGUACAAACCUUUCAAGGACGAUGAAGCUCUGAAAAGUGUUGAUGAUGCUGAAGCAGUUCAAAAGGCUCCUGAUGGAACUCCUGCUGGUGGAGGCUUGCUCGUUAUCAUGAUCCAUCAAGCAGAAGAUGUGGAAGGGAAGCACCAUACAAACCCCUACGUCCGUUUGCUUUUCAGAGGAGAAGAGAAAAGAACUAAGCAUGUUAAGAAGAACCGAGAUCCAAGAUGGGAUGAGGAGUUUCAGUUUACGCUCGAGGAGCCGCCUGUCAACGAUAAGAUCCAUGUGGAAGUACUUAGUGCCUCUUCAAGGAUAGGCCUGCUUCACCCCAAGGAAACUUUGGGCUACGUGGACAUAAAUCUUGCUGAUGUUGUCUCAAACAAGAGGAUUAACGCGAAGUAUCAUCUCAUCGACUCGAAGAACGGUCGGAUCCAAAUCGAGCUACAAUGGAGAACUUCAUCAUAGGCUAGUAGCCAUUCUUUUUCUUCCCCUUGUAUUUUUUUUUCCCUUGAAAACCCUUUUCUUCUCCUUGUAGGCUAAAAGUAAACUAGUGAUUCUUGUUUAAUGAAAUGUUGAUAUGUUAUGGUUUUUAUUUGUAUUUUGUCCAAACAAAGAUUGAAUAAUAUCAUGCAGAGUUCUCGUGUUUGCUUUCAUUUUAAA